CGGCCGCCACUGCCGAGCCGGGCUCAGAUCGCUGAAACCGCACCCCACCCCCGCCAACUCCAAAGCCGCGUACGAACUAAUGGCUGAAGGAUAAAUCAACAUGGCAACUAUGGUUCCACCAGUGAAACUGAAAUGGCUUGAGCACCUAAACAGCUCCUGGAUUACAGAGGACAGUGAAUCUAUUGCUACAAGAGAGGGAGUUGCUGUUUUAUAUUCUAAGUUGGUUAGCAAUAAGGAAGUAGUACCUUUGCCCCAACAAGUUUUAUGCCUCAAAGGACCACAAUUGCCAGACUUUGAACGUGAGUCUCUUUCAAGUGAUGAGCAGGACCACUAUUUGGAUGCCCUUCUUAGCAGCCAGCUAGCACUAGCAAAGAUGGUAUGUUCAGAUUCCCCAUUUGCUGGGGCACUUCGAAAACGAUUGCUUGUACUCCAACGUGUCUUUUAUGCACUUUCUAAUAAAUACCAUGACAAAGGCAAAGUGAAACAGCAGCAGCAUUCUCCAGAGAGCAGCUCUGGUUCAGCAGAUGUCCAUUCUGUUAGUGAACGUCCCCGAUCAAGCACUGAUGCACUUAUAGAAAUGGGUGUUCGAACUGGCCUAAGUUUAUUAUUUGCACUUCUAAGACAAAGUUGGAUGAUGCCUGUUUCAGGACCUGGUCUUAGUCUUUGCAAUGAUGUUAUUCAUACUGCAAUUGAAGUUGUGAGCUCUUUGCCACCAUUAUCUUUAGCAAAUGAAAGCAAGAUUCCUCCUAUGGGUUUGGACUGCUUAUCACAAGUAACAACAUUUCUUAAAGGAGUAACUAUUCCUAAUUCUGGAGCAGACAUAUUAGGUCGUAGAUUAGCUUCUGAGUUGCUGCUUGGUUUAGCAGCUCAGCGAGGCUCUUUGCGGUAUCUUCUUGAAUGGAUAGAAAUGGCUUUGGGGGCGUCAGCGGUUGUAAAUACUAUGGAGAAAAGCAAACUACUGUCAAGCCAGGAAGGAAUGAUCAGCUUUGACUGCUUCAUGACUAUACUAACGCAGAUGAGGCGUUCUUUGGGUUCAUCUGCUGAUCGGAGUCAGUGGAGGGAGCCAACUAGAACAUCUGAUGGCUUGUGCUCACUCUAUGAGGCAGCAUUAUGUCUCUUCGAAGAGGUUUGCAGAAUGGCUUCUGAUUACUCAAGAACAUGUGCUAGCCCAGAUAGCAUUCAGACUGGUGAUGCUCCUAUUGUCUCAGAAACCUGUGAGGUUUAUGUUUGGGGUAGCAACAGCAGCCAUCAGUUGGUAGAAGGCACACAGGAGAAAAUAUUGCAACCCAAACUGGCUCCUAGUUUCUCUGAUGCUCAGACCAUUGAAGCUGGACAAUACUGCACUUUUGUCAUUUCUACGGAUGGCUCUGUCAGAGCUUGCGGUAAAGGCAGCUAUGGGAGACUGGGCCUUGGAGAUUCCAAUAAUCAGUCUACGUUAAAAAAGUUAACAUUUGAGCCUCACAGGUCCAUUAAAAAGGUUUCAUCAUCUAAAGGAUCUGAUGGUCAUACUUUAGCUUUUACAACAGAAGGAGAAGUCUUCAGUUGGGGAGACGGUGAUUAUGGGAAACUGGGACAUGGAAAUAGUUCAACACAGAAAUAUCCCAAGCUUAUUCAGGGCCCUCUACAGGGAAAGGUGGUUGUUUGUGUGUCAGCUGGAUAUAGACAUAGUGCUGCUGUCACAGAGGAUGGUGAAUUAUAUACGUGGGGUGAAGGAGACUUUGGAAGAUUGGGUCACGGUGACAGUAAUAGCCGUAACAUUCCAACAUUAGUAAAAGACAUUAGCAAUGUAGGAGAGGUUUCUUGUGGCAGCUCACAUACUAUUGCUUUAUCUAAGGAUGGGAGAACCGUAUGGUCUUUUGGAGGAGGAGACAAUGGCAAACUUGGCCAUGGUGAUACCAACAGAGUAUAUAAACCUAAAGUUAUUGAAGCUUUACAAGGAAUGUUCAUUCGCAAAGUUUGUGCUGGGAGCCAGUCUUCACUUGCUUUGACAUCAACAGGGCAGGUCUAUGCAUGGGGGUGUGGAGCUUGUCUAGGUUGUGGUUCUUCAGAAGCGACUGCUUUGAGACCCAAACUUAUUGAAGAACUGGCUGCUACAAGAAUAGUUGAUAUUUCUAUUGGAGACAGUCAUUGUUUGGCUCUUUCUCAUGAUAAUGAAGUUUAUGCCUGGGGCAAUAAUUCUAUGGGGCAGUGUGGCCAAGGCAAUUCUACAGGUCCUAUUACUAAACCAAAGAAAGUGAGUGGCUUAGAUGGUAUAGCUAUUCAGCAGAUUUCAGCUGGAACAUCACAUAGUUUGGCAUGGACUGCUCUUCCUAGGGACAGACAAGUUGUUGCAUGGCACCGACCUUAUUGUGUAGAUCUUGAAGAGAGUACCUUCUCACAUCUGCGUUCUUUUCUUGAAAGAUACUGUGAUAAAAUAAACAGUGAGAUUCCACCACUCCCUUUCCCUUCAUCAAGGGAACACCACAAUUUUCUCAAGCUGUGCUUGAAACUACUUUCCAAUCACCUUGCUCUUGCACUUGCGGGAGGGGUAGCUACCAGCAUUCUUGGGAGGCAGGCAGGUCCGCUUCGAAAUUUGCUCUUCAGACUGAUGGACUCAACUGUCCCAGAUGAAAUCCAAGAGGUGGUAAUUGAAACUCUGUCAGUGGGAGCAACCAUGCUAUUACCUCCAUUACGAGAACGGAUGGAAUUGCUUCAUUCUCUUUUACCCCAAGGACCUGAUAGGUGGGAAAGCUUAUCUAAAGGACAGAGAAUGCAACUGGAUAUCAUUCUGACCAGUUUGCAAGAUCAUACCCAUGUAGCCUCCCUACUUGGCUAUAGUUCGCCCUCUGAUGCUGCAGACCUCUCCUCUGUAUGUACUGGCUAUGGAAACUUGUCAGAUCAACCUUACGGCACUCAGAGUUGUCAUCCAGAUACCCACCUGGCUGAAAUUUUGAUGAAGACCCUCCUAAGAAAUUUAGGAUUUUAUACAGAUCAAGCAUUUGGAGAGCUAGAAAAGAACAGUGAUAAAUUUCUACUUGGAACAUCAUCAUCAGAGAACAGUCAGCCUGCUCAUCUUCAUGAACUUCUGUGUUCAUUACAGAAACAGCUGCUGGCAUUUUGCCAUAUCAAUAACAUUAGUGAGAACUCAAGCAGUGUGGCCUUGCUUCAUAAACAUCUUCAGCUCUUGUUGCCUCAUGCCACAGAUAUUUAUUCACGUUCUGCAAAUUUGCUCAAAGAAAGUCCUUGGAAUGGCAGUGUUGGAGAAAAAUUAAGAGAUGUGAUAUACGUCUCAGCUGCAGGCAGUAUGCUCUGUCAGAUUGUUAACUCCCUGCUGUUACUCCCUGUGUCGGUGGCUCGGCCUUUACUGAGUUACCUCCUUGAUCUAUUGCCACCUCUUGAUUGCCUUAAUAGACUUCUGCCAGCUGCAGAUCUUUUAGAAGACCAAGAGUUACAAUGGCCUCUUCAUGGAGGGCCAGAACUAAUUGAUCCUGCUGGUGUGCCAUUACCUCAGCCAGCCCAGUCCUGGGUGUGGCUUGUGGAUCUAGAAAGAACAAUUGCUCUCCUUAUUGGUCGUUGUCUUGGUGGCAUGCUUCAGGGCUCCCCUGUGUCUCCAGAGGAACAGGACACUGCAUAUUGGAUGAAAACACCACUUUUCAGUGACGGUGUAGAAAUGGACACCCCUCAGUUAGAUAAAUGUAUGAGUUGCCUGUUAGAAGUAGCUCUUUCGGGAAAUGAAGAGCAGAAGCCUUUUGAUUACAAAUUACGGCCUGAGAUUGCUGUCUUUGUGGACUUGGCAUUGGGUUGUUCUAAAGAGCCUGCUCGAAGCCUUUGGAUCAGCAUGCAGGAUUAUGCCGUUAGUAAAGAUUGGGACAGUGCAACUUUAAGUAAUGAGUCACUCUUGGACACUGUGUCUAGAUUUGUUCUUGCAGCUCUUCUGAAACACACAAAUUUACUUAGUCAAGCAUGUGGAGAAAGCCGAUAUCAACCUGGUAAAAGCUUAUCAGAAGUGUACCGUUGUGUAUACAAAGUUCGAAGUCGUUUACUUGCUUGCAAGAACCUUGAACUUAUUCAAACCAGGUCAUCAUCACGAGACAGAUGGGUAAAGUUGGAAAUCAAUUACCUUGUUUUUGUGUUGCAUGUUACAGAAAUCUUUCAGUGUUUCCUCUCAGCCCGUGAAGUAGCUCGUAGCCGAGAUCGAGAUAGAAUGAACAGUGGGGCAGGGUCUGGGACUCGAGCUGAUGAUCCACCUCCUCAGUCCCAACAAGAGCGAAGGGUCAGCACAGACCUUCCUGAGGGUCAGGAUGUGUACACUGCUGCCUGCAACUCUGUGAUCCAUCGGUGUGCCCUGUUAAUAUUAGGAGUAAGUCCUGUGAUCGAUGAGCUUCAGAAAAGAAGGGAAGAAGGACACUUGCAACAGCCUUCCACAAGUGCCUCUGAAGGGUGUGGCCUUAUGACCAGGAGUGAAAGUCUUACAGCAGAAAACCGGCUAGUCCACGCAAGUCCAAAUUAUAGACUGAUCAAAUCGAGGAGUGAAUCUGAUUUGUCCCAGCCUGAAUCAGAUGAAGAAAGUUAUGCACUGAGUGGCAGACGAAAUGCUGAUUUGGAUUUGGCAUCAUCUCAUAGAAAGAGAGGUCCCAUGCACAGUCAGUUGGAAUCCCUGAGUGACUCUUGGACUCGCCUGAAACAUAGCAGAGACUGGUUGUGUAACUCCUCUUACUCCUUUGAGUCUGAUUUUGAUCUUACCAAGUCUUUGGGAGUUCACACUUUGAUUGAAAAUGUUGUAAGCUUUGUGAGUGGAGAUGUGGGGAAUGCCCCAGGUUUUAAAGAGCCAGAAGAAAGUAUGUCUACAAGUCCCCAGGCUUCUAUCAUUGCAAUGGAACAGCAACAGUUAAGGGCAGAACUUCGCUUAGAGGCACUUCAUCAGAUCCUCGUUCUAUUGUCUGGGAUGGAGGAAAAAGGUAGCAUCUCACUGGCAGGAAGCAGGUCAAGUUCAGGCUUCCAGUCAUCUACACUACUCACGUCUGUAAGGCUACAAUUUCUAGCAGGGUGUUUUGGUUUAGGAACUGUUGGACACACUGGAACCAAAGGAGAGAGUGGUCGAUUGCAUCACUACCAAGAUGGGAUCAGAGCAGCUAAGAGAAAUAUUCAGAUUGAAAUCCAGGUAGCUGUGCAUAAGAUUUAUCAACAGUUGUCUGCUACCCUGGAAAGAGCCCUUCAAGCAAACAAGCAUCAUAUUGAAGCCCAGCAGCGUCUCCUUUUGGUUACAGUUUUCGCCCUGAGUGUUCAUUAUCAACCAGUGGAUGUUUCUUUGGCAAUUUCCACUGGUCUGCUAAACGUAUUGUCCCAGUUAUGUGGCACAGACACUAUGCUAGGACAGCCCCUGCAGUUGUUGCCGAAGACGGGUGUUUCCCAGCUUAGCACAGCUUUGAAAGUGGCCAGUACAAGGUUGCUCCAGAUUUUAGCCAUCACUACAGGGACCUAUGCUGAUAAACUGAGCCCCAAGGUAGUUCAGUCCUUAUUGGAUCUACUCUGUAGUCAAUUGAAGAAUUUGUUGUCUCAAACUGGUGUACUACUUAUGGCCUCUUUUGGAGAAGGGGAACAAGAAGAGGGUGAAGAAGAAGAAAAAAAAGUUGACACCAGUGGAGAAACUGAAAAGAAAGAUUUCAGAGCUACUCUUAGGAAACAACAUGCAGCUGAACUCCAUCUGGGGGAUUUUUUAGUUUUUCUUCGCAGAGUUGUAUCUUCAAAAGCAAUUCAAUCAAAAAUGGCUUCCCCAAAGUGGACAGAAGUCCUUUUAAAUAUAGCAUCUCAGAAGUGUUCUUCAGGUAUUCCUCUAGUUGGUAACUUAAGAACAAGACUCCUUGCACUUCAUGUCCUUGAAGCUGUGCUACCAGCUUGUGAAUCCGGUGUGGAAGAUGAUCAGAUGGCCCAGAUUGUUGAACGCUUAUUUUCCCUUCUAUCGGAUUGUAUGUGGGAGACACCCAUUGCUCAGGCCAAACAUGCUAUUCAGAUAAAGGAAAAAGAACAAGAAAUAAAAUUACAGAAGCAGGGAGAGUUGGAGGAAGAAGAUGAGAAUCUUCCUAUCCAAGAAGUAUCUUUUGAUCCAGAGAAAGCUCAAUGUUGUUUAGUGGAGAAUGGACAGAUUUUAACUCAUGGCAGUGGAGGAAAAGGAUAUGGAUUGGCAUCAACUGGAGUAACUUCAGGGUGCUAUCAGUGGAAGUUUUACAUUGUGAAGGAAAACAGAGGUAAUGAAGGUACAUGUGUUGGAGUUUCUCGCUGGCCAGUACAUGACUUUAACCACCGCACUACCUCAGAUAUGUGGCUCUAUAGGGCCUACAGUGGUAACCUCUAUCACAAUGGAGAACAAACUCUCACACUGUCCAGCUUUACUCAAGGAGAUUUCAUUACCUGUGUGUUAGAUAUGGAAGCCAGGACCAUUUCCUUUGGGAAAAAUGGAGAGGAACCCAAAUUAGCUUUUGAAGAUGUGGAUGCAGCAGAGUUGUACCCAUGUGUAAUGUUCUAUAGUAGCAACCCAGGCGAAAAGGUGAAAAUUUGUGAUAUGCAGAUGCGUGGCACACCCCGAGACUUACUUCCAGGAGACCCCAUAUGUAGCCCAGUAGCAGCAGUACUGGCUGAGGCCACUAUUCAGCUCAUCCGUAUCCUUCACCGAACAGACCGUUGGACUUACUGUAUUAACAAAAAAAUGAUGGAAAGGCUGCACAAAAUUAAGAUAUGUAUUAAAGAGUCAGGUCAGAAGCUAAAGAAAAGCCGCUCGGUUCAGAGCCGAGAGGAAAGUGAAAUGAGAGAGGAGAAGGAAAACAAAGAGGAAGAGAAAGGUAAACAUAAUAGACAUGGCCUUGCUGACCUCUCAGAGCCACAGCUGAGGACUCUUUGCAUAGAGGUGUGGCCCGUGCUGGCUGUGAUAGGAGGAGUUGAUGCUGGUCUUAGAGUUGGAGGUCGGUGUGUUCACAAGCAAACUGGGCGCCAUGCCACGCUGCUGGGAGUGGUCAAAGAGGGCAGCACGUCUGCCAAGGUCCAAUGGGAUGAAGCAGAAAUUACCAUCAGCUUCCCAACUUUUUGGUCGCCUAGUGAUACUCCAUUGUAUAAUCUGGAACCCUGUGAACCAUUGCCGUUUGACGUGGCGCGAUUCCGAGGCCUGACUGCGUCUGUGCUGCUGGACCUAACAUAUCUGACUGGCAUUCAUGAAGACAUGGGAAAACAGAGCGCCAAGCGACACGAAAAGAAACACCGGCAUGAGUCUGAGGAGAAAGGGGAUGUUGAGCAGAAACCGGAGAGUGAAUCUGCCUUAGAUACACGAACAGGCUUAACAUCUGAUGAUGUCAAAAGUCUGGGUACCACAAGCUCCAAAUCAGAAAAUGAAAUAGCUUCAUUUUCUUUAGAUCCAACACUGCCAGGUGUGGAAUCCCAACAUCAGAUAACAGAAGGAAAAAGAAAAAAUCACGAACACAUGUCCAAAAAUCAUGACAUAGCUCAGUCCGAAAUCAGAGCAGUCCAGCUGUCGUAUCUUUACCUCGGUGCUAUGAAAUCACUUAGUGCUCUUCUUGGCUGUAGUAAAUAUGCUGAGCUAUUGCUCAUACCAAAAGUUCUGGCUGAAAAUGGCCACAACUCAGACUGUGCAAGUUCUCCAGUUGUUCACGAAGAUGUGGAGAUGCGUGCAGCCCUGCAGUUCUUGAUGCGACACAUGGUGAAGCGAGCAGUCAUGCGGUCGCCUAUAAAGAGAGCAUUGGGAUUAGCUGAUCUGGAGCGAGCUCAAGCCAUAAUCUAUAAAUUAGUGGUCCAUGGGCUUUUGGAAGAUCAGUUUGGGGGCAAAAUUAAGCAAGAGGUUGAUCAACAAGCUGAGGAAAGUGACCAAGCCCAGCAGGCACAGACACCGGUUACCACUAGUCCAUCAGCAUCGAGCACGACUUCCUUUAUGAGCAGCUCCCUGGAGGACACCACAACUGCCACCACUCCAGUCACUGACACAGAAACAGUACCUGCAUCUGAGUCCCCAGGAGUGAUGCCACUUAGUCUUCUCAGGCAAAUGUUCUCUAGUUACCCAACUACCACUGUCCUUCCUACACGUCGUGCACAAACUCCUCCAAUAUCAUCAUUACCAACCUCUCCUUCUGAUGAAGUUGGAAGAAGGCAAAGCUUAACUUCUCCUGAUUCCCAGUCAGCAAGGCCAGCUAACCGUACAGCCUUGUCAGACCCAAGCAGCAGACUUUCAACUUCUCCUCCUCCUCCAGCAAUUGCAGUCCCCUUACUGGAAAUGGGGUUCUCUCUUCGGCAAAUCGCCAAAGCCAUGGAAGCUACAGGUGCUCGAGGAGAGGCUGAUGCCCAGAAUAUCACUGUCCUUGCCAUGUGGAUGAUAGAGCACCCUGGGCAUGAGGAUGAGGAAGAGCCGCAGUCAGGCAGCACAUCAGAUUCUAGGCAUGGAGCAACCGUUCUAGGCAGUGGUGGAAAGUCAAAUGAUCCCUGUUAUUUGCAGUCACCAGGAGACAUACCAUCAGCUGAUGCUGCUGAAAUGGAGGAAGGCUUUAGUGAAAGCCCUGAUAAUUUGGAUCAUACAGAGAAUGCAGCUUCUGGAAGUGGACCACCAGCCAGGGGUCGCUCAGCAGUAACAAGAAGGCACAAGUUCGAUUUAGCUGCUCGCACCCUGCUAGCAAGAGCAGCGGGGUUAUACCGCUCUGUGCAGGCCCACAGGAAUCAAAGUCGGAGAGAAGGAAUAUCUUUGCAGCAAGACCCAGGGGCAUUGUAUGACUUUAAUUUAGAUGAGGAAUUGGAAAUUGAUCUUGAUGAUGAAGCAAUGGAAGCUAUGUUUGGACAAGACCUGACCAGUGACAAUGAUAUUCUGGGAAUGUGGAUCCCAGAGGUACUGGAUUGGCCUACCUGGCAUGUUUGUGAAUCUGAAGACAGGGAAGAAGUAGUGGUGUGUGAAUUGUGUGAAUGCAGCGUUGUCAGCUUCAAUCAACACAUGAAGAGAAACCACCCAGGCUGUGGACGCAGUGCAAACCGCCAGGGAUAUCGCAGCAAUGGCUCCUAUGUGGAUGGCUGGUUUGGUGGUGAAUGUGGAAGUGGAAAUCCAUACUACCUGUUAUGCGGCAGCUGCAGGGAGAAGUACUUAGCCCUGAAAACCAAAUCCAAGACAACAAGUUCUGAAAGGUACAAGGGACAAGCUCCAGAUCUAAUUGGCAAGCAGGACAGUGUAUAUGAAGAAGACUGGGACAUGUUGGAUGUUGAUGAAGAUGAAAAGCUAACAGGUGAAGAAGAAUUUGAAUUGCUUGCUGGACCACUUGGUUUAAAUGACCGGCGCAUUGUACCAGAACCAGUUCAGUUCCCUGAUAGUGACCCACUAGGGGCAUCAGUAGCAAUGGUCACAGCCACUAACAGUAUGGAAGAAACUCUGAUGCAAAUAGGUUGCCAUGGCUCUGUAGAAAAGAGUUCCUCUGGGAGAAUAACAUUAGGAGAGCAGGCAGCUGCCCUCGCAAACCCUCAUGACCGCGUGGUGGCUUUAAGGAGAGUGACUGCUGCUGCUCAAGUUCUUCUGGCCAGAACCAUGGUCAUGAGAGCACUGUCUCUUCUCUCAGUCAGUGGUUCCAGUUGUAGCCUGGCUGCUGGUCUUGAGUCGCUGGGGCUAACAGAUAUCCGAACACUGGUUCGAUUAAUGUGCUUGGCUGCAGCAGGUAGAGCUGGCCUCUCCACCAGCCCAUCUGCCAUGGCAAGUACGUCAGAACGCUCCCGAGGCGGGCAUAGCAAGGCCAACAAGCCAAUCUCUUGCCUGGCCUACCUGAGUACAGCAGUGGGAUGUCUGGCAUCAAAUACUCCUAGUGCUGCAAAACUGCUGGUACAAUUGUGUACACAGAACUUGAUUUCUGCUGCAACAGGUGUAAAUCUAACCACAGUUGAUGAUCCAAUUCAGCGAAAGUUUUUACCCAGCUUUCUCCGAGGAAUUGCUGAAGAGAAUAAGCUAGUAACCUCCCCAAAUUUUGUUGUAACUCAGGCCCUUGUAGCUUUACUAGCAGACAAAGGGGCCAAACUAAGACCUAACUAUGAUAAAUCAGAAGUUGAAAAGAAAGGCCCUCUGGAGCUGGCUAAUGCCCUGGCAGCCUGCUGCCUCUCCUCCAGGCUGUCCUCACAGCAUAGACAAUGGGCUGCUCAACAACUUGUGCGCACUCUUGCUGCACACGACCGUGACAACCAAACAACUCUACAAACACUUGCUGAUAUGGGAGGAGAUCUCAGAAAAUGCUCCUUUAUCAAGUUGGAAGCUCAUCAGAACAGAGUAAUGACAUGUGUUUGGUGUAAUAAAAAAGGUCUCUUGGCUACAAGUGGCAAUGAUGGCACCAUCCGGGUAUGGAAUGUUACCAAGAAGCAAUAUUCACUGCAACAGACCUGUGUGUUCAACAGACUGGAAGGGGAUGCUGAGGAAAGCCUGGGUUCACCCAGUGAUCCAAGUUUCUCACCUGUUUCCUGGAGUAUCAGUGGCAAAUAUCUAGCUGGGGCUUUGGAAAAGAUGGUGAAUAUCUGGCAAGUUAAUGGAGGAAAGGGAUUAGUAGAUAUUCAGCCUCAUUGGGUAUCUGCCCUGGCUUGGCCAGAAGAGGGUCCAGCUGCUGCCUGGUCAGGAGAGUCUCCAGAAUUAUUGUUGGUAGGACGGAUGGAUGGAUCUCUAGGACUGAUUGAAGUUGUUGAUGUAUCUACCAUGCACCGUCGAGAAUUGGAGCAUUGCUAUAGAAAGGAUGUGUCUGUUACUUGCAUUGCUUGGUUCAGUGAAGACAGACCAUUUGCAGUGGGAUAUUUUGAUGGAAAAUUAUUAUUGGGGACAAAGGAACCACUUGAGAAAGGAGGAAUUGUUAUAAUUGAUGCACAUAAGGAUACUCUUGUUAGUAUGAAGUGGGACCCAACUGGUCAUAUUCUUAUGACAUGUGCUAAAGAAGAAAAUGUGAAACUCUGGGGGCCUAUAUCAGGAUGCUGGCGCUGUCUGCAAUCACUCUGUCAUCCAUCUAUUGUAAAUGGCAUCGCUUGGUGCAGCCUGCCAGGGAAAGGAUCCAAGUUGCAGUUACUGAUGGCUACUGGCUGUCAGAAUGGCUUAGUGUGUGUUUGGCGCAUUCCACAAGAUACCACACAGACCAGCGUGACUAGUUCAGAAGGAUGGUGGGAUCAGGAAUCAAAUUGCCAGGGUGGAUAUAGGAAAUCAGCAGGAGUCAAGUGUAUUUAUCAGCUGCGGGGACACAUCACUCCUGUUCGGACUGUUACCUUUAGUUCCGAUGGAUUGGCCCUGGUGUCUGGUGGACUAGGUGGACUCAUGAACAUUUGGUCUUUAAGGGAUGGCUCUGUCUUGCAAACUGUUGUGAUAGGUUCUGGAGCUAUUCAGACCACAGUGUGGAUUCCAGAAGUUGGGGUAGCUGCUUGCUCAAAUAGAUCAAAGGAUGUCUUGGUUGUGAAUUGUACAGCAGAAUGGGCUGCCGCCAAUCACGUUUUAGCAACCUGUAGAACAGCACUGAAACAACAAGGUGUUCUGGGAUUGAACAUGGCUCCCUGCAUGAGAGCGUUUCUGGAGCGGUUGCCUAUGAUGCUUCAGGAGCAGUAUGCCUAUGAAAAGCCUCAUGUGGUUUGUGGUGACCAGCUUGUUCACAGCCCCUAUAUGCAAUGUCUGGCUUCCCUUGCUGUGGGACUUCAUCUAGAUCAGCUAUUAUGUAACCCUCCAGUGCCACCACACCACCAGAACUGUCUCCCUGACCCUGCAUCCUGGAAUCCAAAUGAGUGGGCAUGGUUAGAAUGUUUCUCAACUACCAUUAAAGCUGCUGAAGCCCUGACCAAUGGAGCACAGUUUCCAGAAUCUUUUACUGUUCCAGAUCUAGAGCCUGUUCCAGAGGAUGAACUUGUAUUCCUAAUGGAUAACAGUAAAUGGAUUAAUGGCAUGGAUGAACAAAUUAUGUCCUGGGCAACUUCAAGACCUGAGGACUGGCACCUGGGAGGUAAAUGUGAUGUCUACUUGUGGGGCGCUGGCAGGCAUGGACAGCUGGCAGAAGCUGGAAGAAAUGUAAUGGUGCCUGCAGCAGCUCCUUCAUUCUCACAGGCCCAGCAGGUCAUAUGUGGUCAGAAUUGUACCUUUGUCAUCCAAGCCAAUGGCACAGUGUUGGCUUGUGGGGAAGGAAGUUACGGCAGAUUAGGACAAGGAAAUUCAGAUGACCUUCAUGUGCUGACAGUUAUUUCAGCCUUACAAGGCUUUGUGGUGACCCAGCUGGUGACUUCCUGUGGUUCUGAUGGGCACUCGAUGGCCCUAACUGAAAGUGGUGAGGUUUUUAGUUGGGGAGACGGUGACUAUGGUAAACUUGGCCACGGGAACAGCGACAGGCAGCGACGGCCCAGGCAGAUCGAGGCAUUACAAGGAGAAGAAGUGGUACAGAUGUCUUGUGGCUUUAAGCAUUCAGCAGUGGUAACUUCAGAUGGCAAGCUGUUUACUUUUGGGAAUGGUGACUAUGGUCGUCUAGGUCUUGGAAACACCUCUAACAAAAAACUUCCAGAGAGAGUGACUGCACUGGAGGGAUAUCAGAUUGGACAGGUGGCUUGUGGCUUAAACCACACAUUGGCAGUGUCAGCAGAUGGCUCCAUGGUCUGGGCUUUUGGAGAUGGUGACUAUGGAAAACUAGGCUUAGGAAAUUCCACUGCAAAAUCUUCACCUCAGAAAGUUGAUGUCCUUUGUGGAAUUGGAAUAAAAAAGGUUGCUUGUGGAACUCAGUUUUCUGUUGCUUUAACCAAAGAUGGUCAUGUAUAUACUUUUGGUCAAGAUCGCUUGAUCGGCUUGCCAGAGGGGCGUGCUCGCAAUCACAAUCGACCACAGCAAAUUCCUGUCCUGGCUGGAGUGGUCAUUGAAGAUGUAGCAGUUGGAGCUGAACACACACUUGCUUUGGCAUCAAAUGGAGAUGUGUACGCCUGGGGGAGCAAUUCAGAAGGACAGCUGGGCCUAGGCCACACCAACCAUGUUCGAGAACCAACCUUGGUAACAGUUCUACAAGGGAAAAACAUUCGGCAGAUCUCGGCUGGCCGUUGCCAUAGUGCUGCAUGGACAGCACCACCCGUGCCGCCAAGAGCACCAGGUGUGUCAGUACCUCUGCAGCUGGGCCUGCCUGAUGCAGUGCCCCCCCAGUAUGGAGCACUGAGAGAGGUGAGCAUCCACACCGUGCGGGCCAGGCUCCGGCUGCUUUACCACUUCUCCGACCUCAUGUACUCGUCCUGGAGGCUACUGAACCUCAGCCCCAACAACCAGAACAGCACAUCCCAUUAUAAUGCUGGAACUUGGGGCAUUGUACAGGGACAGCUUCGGCCUUUGUUAGCCCCAAGAGUCUACACUCUCCCAAUGGUGCGCUCCAUAGGAAAAACCAUGGUUCAGGGCAAAAACUAUGGACCUCAAAUUACUGUAAAGAGGAUAUCAACCAGAGGACGGAAGUGUAAACCCAUCUUUGUCCAAAUAGCAAGACAGGUGGUUAAAUUGAAUGCAUCAGACCUCCGUCUCCCUUCCCGGGCAUGGAAGGUUAAGCUAGUUGGAGAAGGGGCCGAUGACGCUGGAGGAGUGUUUGAUGACACCAUCACAGAGAUGUGCCAGGAACUUGAAACUGGUGUAGUUGACCUUCUUAUACCCUCUCCAAAUGCUACCGCAGAAGUGGGUUACAAUAGAGACAGGUUCCUUUUUAACCCCUCUGCCUGCCUCGAUGAACACUUAAUGCAAUUUAAGUUUUUGGGAAUUUUAAUGGGGGUUGCCAUUCGCACAAAGAAGCCUCUGGACCUCCACUUGGCUCCUCUGGUGUGGAAGCAGCUGUGCUGUGUCCCGCUCACCCUGGAGGACCUGGAGGAGGUGGAUCUGCUCUACGUGCAGACUCUCAACAGUAUUCUUCACAUUGAAGACAGUGGGAUUACCGAGGAGAGUUUCCAUGAGAUGAUUCCUCUUGAUUCUUUUGUUGGCCAGAGUGCUGAUGGCAAAAUGGUUCCUAUAAUCCCUGGUGGAAAUAGUAUCCCACUCACAUUUUCCAAUAGGAAGGAAUAUGUGGAGAGGGCCAUUGAGUAUCGGCUUCAUGAGAUGGACCGACAGGUGGCUGCAGUCCGAGAAGGAAUGUCCUGGAUUGUUCCUGUGCCACUGCUAUCCCUCCUCACAGCAAAACAGCUGGAGCAGAUGGUGUGUGGGAUGCCUGAGAUCUCUGUAGAAGUCUUGAAGAAAGUGGUACGGUACCGUGAGGUAGAUGAGCAGCACCAGCUGGUGCAGUGGUUCUGGCACACACUGGAAGAGUUCUCCAAUGAGGAGCGGGUGCUUUUUAUGAGGUUUGUGUCAGGAAGAUCUCGACUACCAGCGAACACUGCUGAUAUUUCUCAGAGAUUUCAAAUCAUGAAGGUUGAUAGGCCUUACGACAGUCUGCCUACCUCACAGACCUGCUUCUUCCAGUUGAGGCUUCCCCCCUACUCCAGCCAGCUGAUCAUGGCUGAGCGCCUGCGCUAUGCCAUCAACAACUGCCGCUCGAUCGACAUGGACAACUACAUGCUCUCAAGAAACGUGGACAAUGCUGAGGGCUCCGACACCGACUACUGACCACUGUGGGUGCUCUCACCCCCUCCUUUUUUCUCAAUAAUGCUCACUUCCAAUUUGAUGUUGAUAUACUUUUAUGGUAACUACAUAGAUGUUUUAGGAACAUAAAUCAACAUUAUAAACAGUGGCCACAUUUAGUUACCCUAAAUGUAACAAAGAAAUUAGAUGUUUUUAUUUUUCUGUGAUUGUACAAAAACAAAAAACAAAAACAAAGUGCUUUCAGUCAGGUUUCUCCCUCCAUAUUUUUGGUCACUUUUGAUAAGUUUGCAUGGAACCAUUUUGAUGCAUUUUUAGUUGGGAAUGAUACAUUUUUGUAAACCCACCCAGUGAACAUGAAAUUGUACAUUGUGUAUAAUUGUUCAUUAGAAAGGACAGUUUUACAUGAAUAUUCAUAUAUUUAUUUUGUUUUAAUUUGAAUUGCCUGUGCAGGGUUCCUUAUGCAGAGAAAUAAAGCAGAUUCAGGAAUCAGA